AGUUAGGCACGGCGAGCAGGCUUUCAAUAUCCAGGUUAGAAAAGGCGUAACGGCAAAGUGAAGGGCGGAGCCUGAAGUGUUCCAAUAGUUCUUCAGCUGCCUGCACAAGGGGUGCGGCAUAUCGUAACACAGGUGGCUGGGGGAGGUGGGGCUUAGCGCAGAACUACAACUCCCAGCGUGACCCGCGGCGUGACAGUACCGCACAGAGCAGAGUGCUGCGGAGGGGAAGGGCAGACAAUGGCAGAGCCCCGAGUAUUUCUACUGUCAUGUGCUGUUCAAGACUAUGCAUGGGGUAAAUUAGGCAACGACAGUGAGGUGGCUCGGCUGUGGUCAAGAGGAGACAAAGAAAGACCAAUAGUGCCAGACAAGCCAUAUGCUGAGCUGUGGAUGGGUGCUCACCCUAAAGGAGAUGCUAUCAUCACAGACAACAAAAUAGAUCACAAAACCUUGGGAAAAUGGAUUGCUGCUCACCCAGAAUGCCUAGGUACAAAAGUCAGAGAGAUUUUCCAAAACCAACUGCCUUUCCUCUUCAAAGUACUAUCUGUAAGGUUGGCACUAUCAAUCCAGGCUCAUCCAGACAAGGCUUUGGCUAAAAGGUUGCACACACAAUAUCCACAGCACUACCCUGAUGACAACCAUAAACCAGAAAUGGCUAUAGCUCUUACACCCUUCCGAGGCCUUUGUGGAUUUCGUCCAAUUCCUGAAGUUGUUGGCUUUUUGAAGGCUGUUCCAGAGUUUUAUACCUUGAUUGGAAAAGAGGCAGCUGAAAAGUUAGAGGCAAGUGUAACAAGGCCCAGCGAUGAUGUGGAGGUGCGGAAAGCUCUGCAAACCUGUUUCACUUCAAUGAUGCAAAGUAACAAGAAGGACUGUGCUGAACAACUUAAUUUGCUGGUACAACGUGUGUCACAGCAAUCUAAGAGUGGAGAGGAUAUCUCUAGUUGUCUUGGAGACCUUCUUCUUACAUUACACUCCCAGUUUCCUGGGGAUAUUGGAUGCUUUGCAAUUUACUUCCUCAAUGUUCUGACACUUCAGCCUGGUGAAGCCAUGUUUCUGGGAGCAAAUGAACCACACGCAUACCUAGAAGGAGAUUGCAUAGAGUGCAUGGCUUGCUCUGAUAACACUGUACGUGCUGGCCUGACUCCCAAGUUUAUAGAUGUUCAGACUCUGUGUGAAAUGCUGACAUAUACAGCAGCUCCUGCUAGCACCAAACUGUUCCCACCAACACCCAUCAGCGAGGAUCCCUAUGCUCUUCUUUUUAAUCCUCCUGUUCCAGAUUUUUCUGUCAUCAAAAUAGAGGUACCACCAUCUGUAUCCCAGUAUCACGUAGCAGCUUUAGAUUCGGCCAGUAUUCUACUGCUUGUUCGAGGCGAGGCCACAAGCCAUGUACCAUAUGCGAGUCUACAUCUUACUCCAGGCUCUGUCCUUUUUAUCUCUGCCAAUGAGAGCUUAAUACUGCAUAAUUCCAACUCCCAAACCCUCUUACUGUUUAGGGCAUGCUGCCUGCUAUAAUAAAAGAAAAUGAUACUCUGUAAGGAAUAAUAUAAGAGAUCCCAUGAUCCAGGCCAAAUGUGUGCCCCUGAAUGUCCAUAUUAAUAUUGAUGGUGUAGUAGGUGAGCUUAAAGAGACAGGUUAUUAGUCAGGCUAGCAGAUUAAACCACAGAAGUUGUUAUUCAUAGUUAUUACAUUAGAAUUACUGGGCUGGGUUUUAAUUGAGAUCUAGUGUAACUGGUCAUCUUUCAGAAUCUUAGUAGGCAGAAAUUAUUGCAAGCAGUGAUCAUUGGUACGAGCAGGAGUGUCCAUGCAGCUGCUGGUUCUACAUAAAGGGAAGCACUUUACUCUAAAGAAAAAGUAUCCAAUAUAAUGGUGUGUGUUUUAUGUAGAAUUUUGUGAAUGAUUAAAUUAUUGUGGUCAACA